AGAGGCCAAGCUAAAUAUCUCACAUCAGCGACGAGACCUCCUCUCAACAUGUUUUUUGGUCUUUUUUAUCCCCUUAUAUUUGAACUCUCUGCUCUAAUUCCAGAUCCAGCCUUUUCACAAGGUUUGUAAGACGCAUUUAUUAAUGCGUAUCUCUGAUUGUUUUCAGUGUUAGAACAUUGAUGUUGGUGUAAUUCACUUAUUCAUAGUAAUUCAACUCAGAAUCUGGAUACAAGUUCGAUGUGCCCUGAAUUCUGUCAAUCUUUAUUUUUUGUUAUAUUUUCACUUGGCUAGUGAUGGGCGUUGAAUACUCUUUAGAAACUUGUUUCGACUAUUUGCUUUAAAUUGAUAACUUAGGACGCUGUUGAAUGGCACAAUCUCAACGUUUAGUUAACUUCCUUUCAUGUAUAUCUGCUGUUGUGAAGUUACACAGUUGAAGUCGAUCUGUUGCCCUGUAACGUCCAGCCCUUCAGCUUGGUUAAAUGCAAAUAACACUCCAUCACUUCACAUUGAAAAAUGUUUUUCAAGACUAAGAUAAGUCGUUGAUUGAAAAAGCCUUUAUUCAACUUCAAUUUAACUAUAGCCAAGAAAACAGGUACACUCCUUUCAACUUGGAUAAAAUUGCGGAAGUUAUCUUCAGGCUUUCGACCUUGCCAUGCUUUUGUUCAAAAUAAUUUAACAAAGACUUCCAAAAUUGGGUUCGCAGAAACAUUCGCAUCCUAUGCCUAUCAGAUCAUCGAUUGAUGUUAUUCAUUUUUUCAAAAGAAAGUUUGAAAGUUAUAUGUUAUAUUUAGAUAAUUAAUCAAGAGAGGCAGAAACGAAUGAUAACAUUACAGCACCGAAGAGCAAGAAAUGUUUAAAAUCUUAAGGUUUAUGACUUGCGAAAGGUCGUAUGAUUUUAUCCGAAGGUUGACCGAGGGCCUCCUGGGCUGGGCACCAAACAGAGUUUAACGACAACGGUGGAGAAAAGUUGUCAAUCAAAUUUGGCGGAAGUCAAGGGGCCUAAGAUGUUAAGACAGCUACAAGUUAUUGACAAAAUAAUAUCUGUUUUGUUUACAAUUAACAAAUUUAGGAGUCGCUCCUCAUUAAGAAUAUCACUCGUUGUUUAAUGAAGUAGUUGACUUUGUAGGACUGCAAUGUUUUCUGUCGGUUGGAUUAUACCGUAACACUUUAUUAACGACUGUUUACUUGGUUUCGUAUGAUCUAAAAGUACCUUUAGGCCUCUAAUCAAACGUCACAUAUCUUUCCGUAAAUUCUCAUAAUUUUUUAAAAUAUCUCAAUAUUUUACUAGGGUGCAAAGUAUCGUGUAAAACACUCAAAAUAUCUCGCAUGUUUUUUUUCAUAACGAACCACAGUCAAACCUGUGUUAAGCGGUCACCCACGGGGAAUGCAAGGGUGACUGCUCAAAACAAGUUCCGAAGAAUAGGGGUAUCAUAAAAAAAGAUGAAAAAGCGCCAUUUUAUGCCAUAAUUGACCGCUUAUUGAAUAAAACCUCUCUCAGAAAAACUACUAACGUUGAUUUCGAAAGGAAAAUAUGGAUCAAUUUUUACUUGAAGGAUAAUUCUUCGUUUUAUUCGAGCAAUUCCACUUUAAGUGACCGCUCAAUACAGGUGGAAGAUAAUACAAAGUCAUUUACACUCACUCAAAGGUAAUUGCGACCGCUUAAUAGGGGUGACCACUUAAUUGAAGUGAAAAUUACAGUGAUUGAGAGGGAACAAAUUCAAGACUUUGACAACUGACCGCUUAAUACAGGUUGGUCGCUGGAACGGUGCCGCAUAAUGCAGGUUUGACUGUAAUUUUGAAUCAAGCAAGCCAACAUUUUCAUUUCUGUGGGUUUAAAAAUAUGCAAAGAGAUUGUAAAUGAUUGUGUUGUGGAAAAAAGGACAGUGAAACAACUCUGAAGACAACUUGUAAAUGGAUUAAUCAGCUCAUCAUUAUGACAACAAUUCUGGCAUAGAACUGAGCACUGUCCCGAAAACAAAGCGAGAAAAACGCACAGAUCAGCUUGAAAACGCUCCCUGGAUUUUAUAAAUAUCUCAAUCCUUUUUACCAUUUUCAGUUAUCUCUUGGCUGUAAUUUACAACAUCCUAAUGCGGCACGAGAAGGAAGGAGGCUGAUACUGAUCGGCGUUAAUUCAAUCUUGGAAGUUUUUCAAUGGCAUGCCUCUAAUGUUGCAAUUUAAUGAAGCUGAUUUACUACUGACCGUAGCAAAAUGAUUUUUUAUCUCCCUAAGCAGCGGAUUUCGCUAAAUGAAGGUUAAUAAGAGUAACGGAGAUAUAAUAAACAUCAAUUACUAUGAAUGGUAUGGCGGGGGAGUACUGUUCUAUAGGCCACUUCAUCCUCUCUUCUAACUAGCCAGUCCCUUCCCCGCCACUCCCUCCUGUGAGCGGUUCCAUCGUGCCCUUUUAUUACUGAACUGUUCUUCUUUCCUAUUACAGAAUCAAAUCCCGUGUAUCGCGAGGGCAACCGCCCCUCCGCCAAAAGAACAUUUCUGGGACGUACAUUCAUUAAACACGAGUUUCAUCACUUGAAUGUGCCGCUUGUUGGAACAGUGGCAGUGUCUGAUGUUUUUGACUGCGCGUCAGAGUGUCUCAGCAAUCCGUUCUGUUUUUCUGUAAACAUGGCCGCCUUCAAAGGAGCCCAUGGAAAACUUUGGUGCGAAUUGUUGUCAUCUGAUAAGUUCAGAAACUCCACAGAGUAUAAAGGGAAUAAAAGUUCGCAUCAUUUUGCCAUUGAGGUAGGGAACACUCUUAAUUUUGACAAAUAAACGUGUUAAAAGUUUGACAGCUUUGUCAAGAUCGUAGAGAGAAGGCAGUCAGGUUAAAGCCACCGCAAAUGGUGUCCGUCUGUUGACGUAUUCAUUGUGGUGACAACCGUAUUUCUAUGGCAUGUUGUAAAGCAUGAAAGCAGUUUCUCGUGCUCAAAUGAAUCCGGACCGGAUUGACGGAAUAGCGCUGAUAAGCAGAUUCAUGUAUCCCUAUUCAUCACAUAUUUACAGAUUUACAGCUGCCUUUCAAAAUACAUGAACCAUUUUCCUACUUUGUUUCUCUACAGUCACCUUGCUCUUCGUCACCUUGUCAACACGGAGCUACCUGUGUCACAAAUUAUAGAGAUGGCUUGUUCGGUUGCCACUGUACAAAAGGCUUCAAAGGAGAAUAUUGUGAAAAAGGUGAAUAG